AUGCGGCCGUCAGACGAGCGACUCUAUGUGCACACGACCAUACUAUCUGUUUGCGCAUUCUCUGCAAGUCUCAUCACGACACUGCUUCCACUUUUGUACAUUCCGAGAGAGCAUGUCGCUUUGGACAGCUACCUGUCAGCUGGCAUCCAGUUUCUACUAAUCCUUCUUCCGCUGUCUACGCCGCGCAUAUGGCGCCCAGUGGACCCAGCGAACGAGGAAGAUGUUGCUGCUCCUGAGCAGACAUGUACCCCAUUCAGCUACUUUGCAAGCUACCAAUGGGUUGACCCUGUUGUCCGCAAAGGAGGCCGCAGAGACCUCGAGCUAGAAGAUCUACCUCCUCUGCCUGACUAUGACCGCGCCGCGUACAUGAAGGAGAAGAUCUUGCAUGCACGCCGCUCGACCGUAUUACGAACUCUGCUUGUGCUCUUUCGUUGGCAUCUCGCGAAGAUGAUGCUUUUGGCAUCACUACAAUCAUUCGUUCUCUUUAUUCCGCCUAUCGCAAUGCGAAACGUACUGCAAUACCUCGAAGAACCGGAAAAGGCAACCGUCAGCCCGUAUGCCUGGUCGUUGGCUCUUUUGAUUGCCCCGAUCCUGGACUCUGUCCUGUUCCAGGCUUAUAUUCUCCUCUCAACACGCGCCAUUGUACGCGUCAAGAGUGCCAUGACGCAACUCAUCUUUACAAAGGUCAUGGUCAUGCGACCUGGCAAAUCGUCAUUCAAUGCAAAGGGCGAAGAGAGCGAACACAGCACAGGCAAAGUCUCCAACUUGCUCUCCUCCGACAUUGAGCAAAUCACCAGUGCGCGCGAUUUCUUUCUAUGCAUUGUCGCAUUGCCAAUUUCUUCAAUACUGAGUGUCGUUUUGCUCUACAACUUGCUCGGCUGGCCGGCCUUUGCUGGUUUUGCGUGGCUUGUUGUGACUUUGCCCAUUCCUGGUCUGCUAGCAAAGCGCCUCGCAGUCUUGCAAAAGGAGGCGAGUGAAGCAACGGAUGCACGCUUGACGCUAGUCAAUGAAAGUCUUGCCAACAUCCGCAUCACCAAGAUGUUUGGCUCUGAGCGUGCGCAGAUCCAGCGAAUCACAGAGCUGCGUGAUGCAGAGCAGCGUAAGCUUUGGCAACGCAACUUCUAUUCCAUUCUCAUUUCCAUCGUCACAGACUUGCUGCCAAACGCCAACAUGCUUAUCACGUUCCUAUUGUAUACCAAAGUGCUCAAGAAGCCAUUGACGGCAAGUAUUGCAUUCACGGCAAUUGGCUUCUUUGCCAUUACUUCUUCGUCCUUCAUUUGGAUCGGCUUCAUGUCACGACUCGUGAUUCAAGCAGUUGUUUCUAUGCGGCGUAUCGACACAUUUCUCAAUGAAGCGCCUGAACGUCCACCGGCGUCCGCAGCCUCGCAGGUCUCAACAACGCCCAAGUUUCUCAAUGCAACAGUGUCAUGGGGCAAAGAUACCUUUGAGCUCAAGAACCUCAAUUUGACCUUCCCACCAGGUCUCAACCUGAUUGUUGGACCUACGGGGUCUGGCAAGAGUUCUCUGCUUGCAGCAUUACUCGGUGAGAUGGACAUAACGACUGGCGAUGUGCAUCUCCCUAGACAAGGAGGCGUCAGCUACGUCAGUCAGACGGCAUGGCUCCAAAAUGCAACUAUCAGAAACAACAUCCUCUUUGGCAGUUCCUUUGACCCGAAACGCUAUCGUCAAACACUUGAAGCGUGCGCGUUACUAUCAGAUCUCGCAUUGCUUGACCAUGGCGAUGACACAGAAGUGGGCGAAGCAGGUGUAACGCUUUCUGGAGGACAAAAACAGAGACUUGCUUUAGCGCGCGCACUUUACGCUUCGACACAGAUUGUCUUGCUGGAUGAUGUGUUGAGUGCAUUGGAUGGCGGUACCGGGAAGCAUUGUUUCGAGAAGGCCAUCUGUGGACCCUUGGCAAAAGACCGCACCUUGAUCCUCGUCACACACAACGUGGCGCUUUGCACAGAAAAAGCAACUCAGAUUGUUCAAUUGCAAGACGGUCAGGCACGCCUCAAGACAGUACAGUCUAUGACGAAUCUCGCAAGCUUGCCGCAGCAAGAAGCACCGGAAGCUGAGCCACAACUCAAACCACACACUGACAUGGGCAAAACGGUACGUUUGGCACCUGUUAAACUUGUGCAAGAUGAAGAACGUGCCAGUGGCCGCAUCUCGCGACUUGAGUCCUUUAGGCUCGUCAAGCUGUUUGGCUCGCCAAUUUUCAUUGCUGCCAUGGUUGUUGCAACCUUUGCUUACCAAGGUACGGAUGUGGCCAAAAAUUACUGGCUCGGGCGCUGGUCUGAUGCUUACUCGGAACGCGUCAGAGCGCUGGUCUUUAAGUCGGACGGAUCGGUUCAUGUUGACUACUACCUGACUGUGUAUGCAAUUGUGGUUACGAGUAUUGCCAUUGCGAACGCCAUCACCAAUUGCUUCUUCUAUCAUGGUAUUUGGGUCGCUGCUGGCAAGUUGCACAGCAAUUUAUUACAUGCUGUCUUCUAUGCUCCUCUUUCUUGGUACGAUCGGACGCCCGUGGGACGCAUUGUCAAUCGGUUUGCCAAGGACGUUCGCUCGCUCGACAGUGCCAUUGUCUCUUGGCUGCGCAUGGUCUCUAACUAUGCACUCAAUGUACUCUUCAAGAUCUUCUCAAUUGGCGCAGUCAUGCCCUUAUUCUAUAUUCCUGCCAUGAUUGUUUCCGUUGGUGGUCUGCUUAUUGGUGAGGCUUAUACCAAAGCAAGCAUCAGCUGCAAGCGGCUGGUAUCAACAACCGAGUCGCCGCUGCUAAGUCACUUUGGAGAUGCCAUUUCAGGCAUUGUCACAAUCCGUGCGUUUGGCUACGAGAAGCGCUUCACGAAAGAAGUUGAGAAACGCAUUGAUGUACACACACGGCCACUCGAGACACUGUACAGUCUAAACAGAUGGGUGCAAGUACGUGCAGACUUUUUGGGUUCUUUCAUCACGUUCAGUGCUUCUAUACUUGCCUUGCGGCAAGGCAAUAUCGCUCCUGGACUCGUUGGCUUUUCGCUGUCUAUGGCGAACGAUUUCAGCACGUCCGUCUUGUAUCUCGUGCGUACACUCAAUGAGCUCGAGAUUGAACUCAACUCCUUCCAGCGUGUCAAAGAUUACACGCAGCUAGAACAAGAAGAGCCCUACACCGAGGAGAAGGAGCCCAAUGCUGCGUGGCCCAAGACUGGCGCAAUCGAGCUCAACAAAGUGCGUGUCAGUUACAGCCUCGACGGUCCGCUUGUACUGAAGGACGUCUCGGUGAGUAUUCGUGGGGGAGAAAAGGUGGGAAUUGUUGGCCGAACAGGUUCUGGCAAGAGUACGUUUGGUUUGACUUUGCUUCGCUUCACACAUUUGGUUGGCGGCAGUAUCGUGCUGGAUGGUGUCGACAUUAGCGAUGUCAACCUCGAGACGCUACGAAAGCGUGUCACCAUCAUCCCGCAAGAUCCAAUCUUGUUUUCAGGUACCGUGCGCAGCAAUCUCGAUCCUUUUGGAGAGAUGCAGGAUGAGACUCUGACUGAGGCUUUACAGCACUGUGGUAUCAACCCAAGCGAGAGUGGUACCACAACACCCGUGCAGACUGAAGGCGUCCGCCGCAUUACUUUGGACACGGUGGUCAAGUCCAAUGGCGACAACUUUAGUCAGGGACAACGUCAGAUCCUGGCUCUGGCUCGGGCCAUUGUGCGUCGCAGCAAGGUCAUCAUUCUAGAUGAAGCGACUGCUUCUGUGGACUUUGAGACGGACCAGCGCAUUCAAGCUGCACUGCAAACACAAUUCUCCGGUGCAUCGAUCCUGACUAUUGCGCAUCGUCUCAAUACCAUUGCAGACUAUGACAAGAUUCUUGUGCUGGACAAGGGACGGGUCGUACAGUUUGACUCGCCCCGGGUGUUGGUCAAGGAAGAGGGUUUGUUUCAAGAUAUGGUCAUGAAGAGCAAGGACAAGGACAUUCUGCUUGCUCUCAUGCAGUAA